CCUCUCUUUGGUGUUUCUUUUCAAGUUGUGGAUGGAUUUUUUCUUCGCCUCUUUAACUUCUACAAAGGUUAUGGAUAAUAAGCGCGAGGGGGAGCAAAGGACACGAGAGCUGGGGGAACCUUGACUGUUUCUGCGUACCGGUGCGUGACGAAACAAAAGAGACGCGUUACUGUUGGCUGAUAAAGUAAUCUAGUCUCUUAACAUUGGUUCUUGAAGUACUCUGGACCUCUGGAACCUAACUUUACACGCCUCCAAAUUAAAACUAGUAAGAUAAUUGUCAGUUUAGAGGCAAUUGAUAUCAGUGAAGGAGGCGAACUCUCAUUGGCUGUUGAAGUAAUCUGGACCUACGGAACCUAACUUUAGAGAGGCGUCAGUUUAGCGUAGCGUGAGGUAAUGGAAAAAAACGAACUCUCAUUGGCUGUUGAAGUAAUCUAGUCUUCCACCAUUGCCUGUUGAAUAUACCCUGACACAAAUGACUCUGAAGAACCCACGGAACCUAACUCUUUACCUGCCCAAAAUUUAAAACAUUUCCGAGAGGCGUCACUUUAGCGUAGCGUGAGGUAAUGGAAAGAACUCUCAUUGGCUGUCGAAGCAACCUAGCCCGUGACCAUUGGCUGCACUGGACAAUCGAGAGCCUUAGAACCUCAGAUACCUUCACUUAAAGACCUCUGGCAGUGCACGAGACGCCAGUUCAGCGGAGCGAGGCAGAGGAGAUGGACGUGGAACUCAGACACUCCAAUGCCUCCUGUUUGCGGGUAUCGGUGAUCAGCGUGAGUCUUGUGGCAUCAUAUUCUCAAACACUGCAGGUCUUACACACACACACACACACACACACACACACACACACACACACACAUUUGACAAAGUUUACGUAGUGGUUGUGGUGUUAGUAUUUCCAUGAGUAGUUUUAUGAGGCUGCUGAUAGUUCGACAAGGCUUCUUCUGCGCCGCGAAUGUGAAAAAACCACUCAUAAGACCCUGACUAAUUUUCUUUCUUGUGGCUUUUGGAAACUGUUCUUGUGAGCUCCGAAAGGGUCUGAGAAUAUGGAGUUUCCUUUUGAUAAUAGUAAUAAUGAUAAUGCUAAUAAUUAUUCAACCUCCACCACCACCAUCACCACUACCACCACCACCACCACCAUCAGUACCUCCCGCAUACAGCUGUAAUCGGCCAAGGAGCGAAUCGCAAGGUGGGAGGAUCUCUAAUAUCGGUCCUGGACAUCAUCGCUCGUCACAUCGGCUUCUGUUACGAAUUCGUGUUCCCUCCUGAUGAUGUUUAUGGGAAAGUGUUCGCAAACGGAUCACUGACUGGCACUCUGGGAGACGUGGUUAAUGGGCAAGCAGACAUGACCGGGCUGCUGACGGUGAGAGAAGACCGCGCGAAUUACCUGGAUUUCACUCGCCCUCUCUACCGGGAAUUUGUUCAGGUGGUGGUUCAGCGGCCCGUCCUGGAGCCUGACGUGGCGGGCUUCGUCAAACCGUUUACGAGCUGGGUCUGGCUGUUGAUGGGGGCCUUCACGCUCCUCACGGCCAUGGCCUUCACGCUCCUGCUGACCGUGCGGCGCCCCACGACCCCCCGAAGAGUGCGUCCCUGUGGCUGCGGCGGUGAGGCCCCUCUCGUGGGUAACCAGCCGCCUCUGCUGUGGUGUCUGGGUGUGCUGCUGUGCCAGUGUCCAACGUGGGUGCACAACGCGGCGUCCCUACGAGUGAUGGCCGCAGUUUGGUUCCUCGCGACCCUCAUCCUCUCUACCGUGUACCGCUCCAACCUUAAGGCCAUGCUGAUCACCCCGAGAGUCCAGCUGCCCUUCGAUAACCUGGAGCAGCUGGACAAGUCUCAGUAUCCUUUGUACACGACGGAAACCUCGGCCACGCAUACAGCCAUCAGCGAGGCCGCGAAAGACUCACCGCUUGGACGCCUCAAGGACCAGCUGGUGACGCCGAAGAGCGAUACAGUAGUGGCUCGCCUCUUCUACGGCGGCCACCGCAUCGCCAUCGCGGGCAUGAGCUUAUCCUUCAGGCACUUCUUCAACCACGCCUUCUCGAGGAACGGCUUUUGCACUGAGUACAUAAUGCAGGGCGGCCAUCUCCUGGAGGGACUGAGCCAGGCGCUGGGCUUCCCGAAAGGCUCGCGUCUCAGGCCCAGGGUGGACGACGUGAUCCUGAGGCUGCGCGAGGCCGGGCUCCUCAACUACCUGGUGUACCGCACGCUGCCCAACGGCUCCCACUGCAUCGGCCCGAUAGACCAGGCCCCCUCCUCCACCAAGCUGCGCGCACAGACACUCGAGGAUUUCUACGGCGUGUUCUCCAUCUUCCUCGGAGGGAACUUCCUCGCCCUCGUGUCCUUCGCUGCCGAGAUGAUGACGCGACGCAGGAGCAACACGACGAGCGACCAGUGACGUGUGGGAAGAGGGAAUCUGUCGGUGCUUUCAAGUCCGCAGUUUUAUGUGUUAUGUAU